AUGGCGCUUUUUACAUUCCGGCUUUUGCCCCUUGUAUGUACCGCAAGCAUUGCAAUAUAUGUGCUAUCACGGUUUAUGCACUUUGAAACAAAAAGCACCGGUGCAUUAACAUAUUCAAUUACCUUUAUCAUUUAUUUGCUGUACUGGCUAUACAUCUACCCCUACCAUUUGUCUCCCCUCCGGCAUGUGCCUACAGUACCAGGAUGUCCACUGUGGGGUCAUGUUUUCGAGAUCUUCAAUGCUGAAAUUGGCGCAGUCCAACAGAAGUGGCAUAAGACACAUGGCCCUAUUGUCCGAUACUUUUACCCCUUUGGAAAGGAGAUCCUGUCGGUCGUGGAUAACUCUGCGCUCAAGCAUAUCCUGGUCGAAGCUUCAUACAACUAUGAAAAAACUGCCAGCAAUCGGAAAUUUUUGUCUCGGCUAUUUGGUGAAGGUAUUUUGACUGCAGGGGGAAAGGUACACGCCCAACAGCGAAAAGCUCUCAACCCUGCUUUCUCUAUAAGCGCAAUUAAAGCACUUGCUCCCGCCUUCUGGGACUACUCUUGCUCGAUGUCCAGUUACUGGGAGCAGGAUAUCAAGGAGAGUAGCGAUGACAGUGUAUCCCUGGAUAUUUCGGACUGGGCAUCGCGAGCUACCCUCGAUAUUAUUGUCGCCGUUGGCUUUGGGGCCAAGAUCGACACACUUCACAAUUCAACUGCGCCUUUGAUAGAGGCCUUUCGCACGGUUUUCCGAUUCGAUGCUGUCGCAAAACUCCUAGCUGUGCUCCAUAUACUGUUCCCGAUUGUUCGGUACCUUCCUAUAAAAGAGAAUCGUGAGGUCGAUGCAGCUAAGCGCACCCUUUUCGAGUUUGCAUCAGGCCUGAUCCAGGAGAAAGAGGCUAAUAUAAAUUCGACUGGUAAUAACAUAUUGUCACAACUUGUUCGUGGUGACCGGAAGCCUCAAGCCGCGGGUGAGGACAUCUUCUCUCGGGUAAUUUGCGAUCAAAUUGCCACUUUUCUUGGAGUAGGCCAAGAUACAAGCGCCACCUGGUUAUCAUGGACUCUCCAUCUUCUCAGCAAGCACCAACACAUGCAGGUCAAGCUGCGGGAGGAGAUACGUUCUCACUUCCCCUUUCUAUUCAGAGGCGCCACGCACGAGAAGAUUGAUUUCACUGAAGUCGAUGUAGAUCGCCUACCUUAUCUGAAUAAUGUCUGUCGGGAGUCCUUACGAUUUAUUCCUCCUAUACCCUUUGUGUCACGCGAGGCUGCAAGAGAUGAAAGGCUUGGCGAGUAUUUCAUCCCCAAGGGCACCGUUAUCCACAUCCCAAUCAAUACGAUCCACCGGAUGCCCGAAUAUUGGGGUCCUAACUCCAAUGCCUUUGACCCAGACAGAUGGAACUGUCUCCCGGCCUCUUACACGAAUAACGCCUUCUUACCAUUCACUCAAGGCCCUCGUGGCUGCAUAGGCCGCAAAUUUGCCGACACAGAGGUGAAGACAAUACUAUGUUGCCUCUUGAGCAAAUUCCAGUUCUCUCCUGACCCCGCCGUCCAAGACCCAGAAGAACUGAAAAGAUAUCGGAUCGUCCAAAAGUCACAAUACGGAAUCCGACUUAAGGUCAGUAAACUUGAUGGAUAG